CCAGAAUUAAACGUCAUCUUUUUUUUAAAAAACUAAUUUCGCUACUGUUGUUUACUCCGUAAGUCUUUCCUUUUGGCUUAUUGAAAUCAUAGCAUCUAAUAAUCGUCUUGAUGAAAAGAAAUGUCAUGUAACUUUCUGUGGAUCUCUGACACAAACAAGCUAAACUGGACAAAGUAACCGAUACUUCUCCUGCUAUAUUCUUCCCAGAUACUCCAAUCACGCAUGACAAAAGCAAUUUAUUCAGAUUCACAUUUCCACUACAAUUCUAUGCCUUUUAUCAUUGUUUCUAACGUUCUGUGUUCUGGGUUCCCGUCAGCUUGGUGAGCUAGCCUUUUUUAGUUAUGAACUUCUCCAGGCGGGGGAAGAAUAAAGACAUGUGGAGGCUAGUAUUUUUGUUGUUUCUUGGCCAAGUGGUUUCUUUUGUAAUGGCAUUAAUGAGCUUCACCUCUUCAUUGAUAGCCAGUCUUGGUGCAGAUACACCUCUUACUCUAUCAUUCUUCUCUUACUCGGCCUUGACUUUGGUGUAUGGAGGCAUCUUGAUUUACAGACGACAGAAACUGCUGGUCCCUUGGUAUUGGUAUCUUCUGUUAGGUUUUGUUGACGUCCAAGGGAAUUAUCUUGUUAAUAAAGCAUACCAGUAUUCAUCAAUUACCAGCGUGACAAUCCUGGAUUGUUGGACAAUAGCAUGGGUAAUCAUUCUGACAUGGACAUUCCUCGAUACCCGGUAUAGCCCCUGGCAGUUCUUUGGUGCAGCUGUCUGUGUGUCUGGUCUCGUUGUGGUUCUUCUUUCUGAUGCUGCGGUGGGUGGUGGAGGUGGUUCAAGGCCUAUUCUUGGUGAUAUACUUGUAAUUGCGGGCACAGUUUUCUUUGCAUUGAGCAAUGUUGGCGAGGAAUUUUGUGUGAAGAAAAAAGAUCGUGUUGAAGUGGUUGCCCUACUUAGUCUUUUUGCAAUGCUUGUGAGUAUUGGGGAGAUAGCUGUCAUGGAGCGUAAGAGUCUGGAAUCUGUAAAGUGGUCUGCAGAAAUUAUAUUGGCCUUCUUUGGUUACGCAGUCGCAAGCUUUGCAUUCUACUCAGUCGUUCCUUUCGUCAUGAAGAUGAGUGGAGCCACUCUCUUCAAUCUCUCUAUUCUCACGUCUGACAUGUGGGCAGUUGUCAUUCGGAUAUUUUUCUACAAGCAGCAGGUUGACUGGCUUUACUAUUUAGCUUUUGCACUUGUGUUUGUCGGCCUGAUUAUAUACUCUAAAAGUGAGAAGAAUCCAGCUGCUGCUGCUGCUGCUGCUGAGGAUGGAGACCCCAACUCACAAUGCCGGUUGCUUGAUGAAGAAACCACAGAUUUCAGGAACCAGGCCGUGUCUUCAUGAAUUUGUAUCAGAAGAAGAGGCAAGAAGGGAUGAAGUUCAAAGCUGCUGCUAGGCACUACAAUAUGAAUGUGCCUGAAGAUAUGAAAGCUCGAAUUGUUGUUUUGAUUGAUGUAGUAGUGCGAAACUGCAAAUUAUAUUUACUCUCCGCACAUAUUCUUUUUGGUUCUGAUCUCAUAUUUAAGGGACUGAAAUAUGAAAACAAAUAGUGUAUAUCACUCAAAUAUAGCAAUUUGAUGUCGAAAUCAAUUCCCAUUCUUUCUUGA